UCGCCGCGCGCUGUUGUGUCUGAUUCCGGCUAAGGCUCCAUACGAAAUAUCCGAUCCGAACCGAUCCGUUCCGAUCUGAUCCCAAGUGAAAAUGAAUGCACAAUCUGUGGUGCGUCGCCAUCCGCACAGUUUUUCGAUCGAACAGAUUCUAGCCAAGCCCGAGCCACAUAGUUCCAGCAAUUAUGUAGACAAAGCGUCCAGCUUUGAGGUGAUCCACGAUAAUCAAGCCCAGUUGGCGCACGAGAGUGGGCGUGGCAGUUGUGAUGUGUCGCGCGUAUCCAGUCCGGCGACAUCCAGCUGCCUGGAGGACGGCCUGGACGAUGCCAAAAGUGAUAUAGAGCUUGCCUCGGAUGAUGGCAGUGCGCACGACGAUCGCAAGAAGCGUCCACGCACCGCCUUCUCCGCCGCUCAGAUUAAGGCGCUGGAAACGGAGUUCGAGCGUGGCAAAUAUCUAUCCGUGGCCAAGCGCACAGCGCUAGCCAAGCAGCUUCAGCUUACCGAGACACAGAUCAAGAUCUGGUUCCAGAACCGACGCACCAAGUGGAAACGCAAAUACACCUCAGACGUGGAGACGCUCGCCUCCCAUUAUUACUCCCAGCUGGGCAUGGGUGGCAUGGCGCGUCCCAUGGUUGUGGGCGAUCGCCUCUGGCUGUUUAGCCAGACUCCAGCGGGUCCCACGCCCAUACAGUCCAUCAUGUUGAAUGGCAGCGGCGCCGCGCCCCCCAUGCGUCCAUUCGGUCCACCAGCUAGUGCGCCUGGCAUGCCGCCUCUGCACGGCUCAAGCGUUAUUGAGAGCGCCAGGAAUGCCAUACUGUCGCGUGGACAACCGCUUAACUUUGCACUGCCUUUUGGACUGGCCAAGCCACCGCCGCCAGCCGGAGGAGCAGCAAGUGCCCCAGCCAGUUAUGUGCCGCGCUGUAAGCCGUAUCCGAGCAGCUUUACGGACUAUAUACCGCCACAUGCUCACAAUGAAUCUUAUCUUCAGCUGAAGUAUGCUACACUGCCGCCUGAAGUGGAUGCGGAUGCGGGCACCAGCAAUGGUCUGGCCGAGCUGGAGCGCGUGUUCGGUGAUGCCAAUGCCAAUUUUCUGCUGAACAAAAACGUGCCAGUCGCCACCAGCAGCAUCUCCUGUGGCUAUGGACACGAGGGACUGUCACAGGCGCAGCGCAGCCGACGCGCCACGCAAUCCGAGUCCGACUGCAGUGACAUUGACUGCGAGCAGCUGGACGAGGACGCGGACGCCGUGGAAUAGCCACAUGAAUCAAAUGAAAAGUCAGCUUGUAGUUAGUUAUCUUUACAAUCUAUGUUUAUACGCCACACACAAAAAUAUGCUCAUAUAAAUACAAAUAGUCAUACAGAUGUGAUGAGUAUGUUGUCUGUAGGUUAGUAGCUAUCACUAUUUGACAGUGGCAGGCACACAGAGUAGUAGGAUGUGUGUAGUAGGGGGGUAUUUCACUGGGGGAAUUUAACGUGUGUGCCUGUCUCCCGAAAUGCUUAGAGUUAACUAUGGCUAUUCUAUGUUACAUGUUGUGGGUCGGUUGUUGGCUCUCUUUCAAGUUACAUAUUACACGAAUUAUAAUUAGAUAAAUCAAAAUCACAAAGACUUAUGUUUAACGGCCAUUACAGACUUUCGAGCUCGAUCUGGAGUUGGAGUUCAUUCAACUUAACAACUAAAUGCUCAUUUGUACAGUAAAUCAGAUCGAAUCAGCAUUAACAGAAAUAACAUUGCAAUAUUCGUCAGCGACUGCUGUGACUAUAUAUAGUAUACAUAUUAUCUAAUACUGUCAACUUGUCGUUGCUAUUGCUUCGGUUACAAAUUUCAAUUGGCUGUGUGCUUCGAGAUGGGGCGGAGGGUACGGAUCUGACUAUAACAUAGAAUUGGAUCGGUCUCGUUGCACAAGUUUUACAAAUUAAAUAUAUACGUAGUUGUAGUAACUGGAGUCUCAUCUUAGAUCGGUUUAGCACUGGUUGCGAAACAUACAUUAAUUUUACAAUUUUAACUAAA